UCCUGCAGAUAGGUCUGUUUCCUUCCUUCCUUCCCUGAAGCCUUCCUUGGCAGCCAGCCUCCCACGAUCCAGGGGCGAAGUCUAGGGACGAGAUCUUGCUUUGCCCUGCUGCGGAAGGGGCAGGAUUGCCAGAGAGAGAGAGAGAGAGCCCUUGCCUUCCUCGGUGGGGCUGCUUCUCCUUCUUCUGGGCAGUGAAUGCCUGGCUUCUCCCUCCAGGAAGGACCCGAUCUGAGGAGAGGAAGAGGCGUCUGGCUGCAUCAUCAUCAUCAUCAUCAUGAGAGGCCCGGCGGCGAGGCUGAAGAGGCUGCUGAUGGUGGGGAGCUGGAGGCGAGGCGAGGCUGGGCCCCUGUUCCCUGCAGAAAUGCUGCAUCACCGGCGCUGCCCCUUGGCCGGAGCCGCCUGAGAAGGAGUCCCCGAAGGGGAGGAGGAGGAGGAAGCCCUUGCCCUGCCUCCGGAGCCCAGGAGGAGGAGGAGGAGGAGAUGGAGAGGCUGCCUGGGGCUUGGAAGCGCUCCGCUUAAGUGAAGCCGAGGGCGCAGAGAAAGAGGGGGAGGAGGCAGAGGAGGAGAGCCGCCCCGCCGCGGCUUUUUAAGUCUCCGGCGAGGAAGGGCCCGCUUCUUCCCUUCCCUUGAACUGAACGAGCUCCAGAGAGAGAGAGGACCGAUUUGAUCGUUGUUGUUGUUGUUGGAGGACUUUUGCAAAGGAAGACUUGGUUGGCAGAGGACUUGAGGAGUUGAAGGCAAAGACCAGGCGUCUGUUUCCAAAGGGUUGGCAGAGGACUUGGCUUCCUUCGCCGGGGGCUGUGUCCCUUUGCCUUCUUCCUUGGCCGAGAGAGGGCUGCUAAGGAGGGAGGCAGGCAAAGGACUCGUGGGUUCUGCGGAGGGUUCUCGGCCGAGAGACUGACUCUUCCUUUGUCCGGAGUGAUCGCCGAGGGCUUCUCCCUCUUCUUUCCUUUCUGCUCUUGAGAGACUGCUUUGACCCCAAGGGUCAGGGCAGAGACCUGGCUUGGAGCCUUCCCGAGGAGGAGCAGUGCCUUCUUCCCGGGGACUUUGGGGGCCAAGGACUCUGCCUGCCCUCUCUCUCCGAGGACUUGGCCGUCUUUGCGAGGCCUUCCUUCCUUUCCGAUGCCCGAGGAGGCUCCGUAGCCCCUGAGGAUGCUGCUCCUUCGGAAGAAGUGUCCGGGGCUGUCCUGGGGCUGGGGCCCUUCGUCGGCGCUGGGGCUGCGUCUGCCCCAGAAGUUCCUCUUCCUGCUCUUCCUCUCGGGCCUCCUGACCCUCUGCUUCGGGGCCCUCUUCCUGCUCCCGGACUCGUCCCGCUUCAAGCGCCUCUUCUUGCCCCGGAGAGGCGAAGGGGAGCCCGGACCCACCCACAGCCCCCCGCCGCCUCCUCCUCCGCCGCCGCCCCCGGGCCCCAGCCCAGCCCCGCCGCCCCGACGACGGCAGCCCCAGACCCUCCCGGACGCCCUCCUCGGGACCAGCCUGGCCUCCAAGCGGGACCCCGGACUCAGGCCCCCUCGGCCGCCGGAGGAGGAGCAGGAGGAGGCGGCAGCGGAGGGGGAGGAAGGGGGCUCGGACCCGGGCUCCCCGCCGGGCCAGACCUCGGCCCCGUUCCGCUUCGACUACCAGGCCUUCCGCCAGAGCCUCCGCCACCCGCCCCUCGGAAGCAGCCUCAGGGGCAGAGGGGCCACCCAGGACCCCGAGAGCCUCGCCCGGCGCCUCAAAGUCAAGGAGAUGAUGAAGUUUGCUUGGGAUAACUACAAGCAGUAUGCCUUGGGGAAAAACGAACUCAGACCACUCACUAAGAAUGGACAUAUCGGGAACAUGUUUGGAGGUCUCCGGGGAGCCACUGUGGUAGAUGCUUUAGAUACUUUAUAUGUCAUGGAGCUGCAGGAAGAAUUCCAAGAAGCCAAAGACUGGGUGGAGAAGAGCUUUGACUUGAAUGUGAAUGGUGAAGCAUCCUUGUUUGAAGUGAACAUCCGCUAUGUUGGAGGGCUUCUGGCUGCUUAUUACCUAACUGGCGAAGAGGUCUUCAAGAGCAAAGCUCUAGAACUUGGAGAAAAGCUUCUUCCUGCCUUCAGCACACCAACGGGUAUCCCACGGGGAGUCAUAAACCUGGGCAGUGGGAUGAGCUGGAGCUGGGGAUGGGCAUCUGCAGGAAGCAGCAUUUUAGCCGAAUUUGGCAGCCUCCACUUAGAAUUUCUGCACCUUUCAGCUCUGUCUGGAAAUCCAGUCUAUACUGAAAAGGUGAUGAAUAUCCGGAAAGUCUUAAACAGAAUUGAGAAACCACAGGGACUUUAUCCAAAUUUUCUCAGUCCAGUAACUGGAAACUGGGUUCAGCAUCAUGUUUCCAUUGGUGGCCUUGGAGACAGUUUUUAUGAAUACCUGAUCAAAUCUUGGCUUAUGUCAGACAAGAGAGAUGUAGAAGCCAAGACCAUGUAUGACAAUGCAUUGGAGGCCAUAGAAAAACACCUGGUAAAAAAAUCGAGCGGUGGACUGACUUACAUUGCAGAGUGGCGAGGCGGUAUCUUGGACCACAAAAUGGGCCAUUUGGCUUGUUUCUCUGGCGGCAUGAUAGCACUUGGGGCACAGCAUGCAGCGGAAGAGCAAAAGCAGCGUCACAUGGAGCUAGCUGCCGAAAUAACAAACACCUGUCAUGAAUCCUAUGCCCGCUCAGAGACCAAGCUGGGCCCUGAAGCUUUUCGCUUUGAUUCUGGCGCCGAAGCAAUGGCCACCCGACUCAGCGAUCGUUAUUACAUUCUGCGUCCUGAAGUGGUUGAAAGUUAUCUGUACCUUUGGAGGUUGACGCACGAUCCCAAAUACAGACAAUGGGGUUGGGAAGCUGUACAGGCACUCGAGAAAAACUGCCGAGUAGAAGCGGGGUUCUCUGGGAUCCGUGAUGUUUAUGCCACUACCCCUAGUCAUGACAACAUGCAGCAGAGCUUUUUCCUAGCAGAGACGCUAAAGUAUCUCUAUCUUCUCUUCUGUGAAGAUGAUGUGCUGUCUCUUGAGGACUGGGUGUUCAACACAGAAGCCCACCCGCUGCCUGUGAACCGCACAGACUUUAACCUAAAGACAGGCAUGCAGUAGGGGAGCGCCUGCUCCUUCCCAGCUUCUGCACUAGGAUGUGGAGGGUUACUUGCUUCUUUUUUCUCUCCUUUCUGCUAAAGGAGUAUGUAUGUUCCCAGGAAAAUAUUUUGGGGGCAUUCGUCCAAUUCCGGACAGUAUUAUAUUGGAGAGUAUAAAGCUGUGAAACAAGUACCGUUGUGGUUUUUUUUCUUUUCCUCUGUGAGGAAACAUGCCUGAUAAUGAGAUGUUGAUUAUGGGCCAUAAUAUACAUAAAAUCAUGGACAUUCCUUUUUACGGAGAAUUUCUGUGGAACCCACAGACUUGAUUUACACGUGGCCAAAGGAUCAGGAGUUUGCCAUAAAACAGAUGUUGGUAUGUGCCACUCUUCUUGUCUCUGUCAACCUUGUGCUCCUCUUUUUAUAUCCAGUUGAUUUUUAUCACCUUUCCCAUUUGCACUCUUUUCCCCCCAAGAUGAUACACAUAAUAAGCAGUCUUGUUGCCAUAACUGAUCAGAAAGUGUCUGCAAAAUUCUGAUUCCCAAACAGUGUUUAUUCUUUUUCUCUCCCUGCUGUUUAUGCUUUUAAAAGAUGUUUACUGAAUUUCCCAUCAUGUGUAUUUCUUUCAUUUUCCAAUAUUUUUCCUUGGCUUUUUGGUCUUGUUUUGUUUUCGUUUUACUCUUUGGUUUUGGUAUCAUUUGGAGCUAAAUAUUACAAGGCACUUGUCAUGAUUUCAUUUCAGUAAUACUCAGAGAUGUAAAAUAGAAUAAAAAUUUCUGUCAGAUAAGAA